CACACACACACACACCUGACGGAGGCUCGUUUCUUCAGCUGCGUUCAUCAUGUUUGUCAUGAUCAAAAACUGGCUGCUUGGAGCCACCGAAGAGAGCGAGUAUAAACUGCUGAGCACCGAGUGCAAGGAUGGGGUGAGUUAUGAGGUGCGCCGCUAUGAUGCGUGUAAGCAUGUUUGUGUGAGUCUGGAGGGGCGGAGCUUUGACCAGGUGUCAGGUGAUCUUCAGCGAAAGCUUCUCGACUACAUGAGCGGCGACAACGAACAAGGUGAGGUGAUGAACACACCUGUCCCCAUCAUCUUCACCGUGUUCCCGCGUGACGACGGCUCGUUAAACCGCCGGCUGGUCGCCGCUCUGCGUAUCCCAGUCUCCUUCCAGAUCAGCCCGCCCAACCCGACCGACUCGUCCAUUCGGAUCGAGGAGCGGCCCGGCAUGACCGUCUACGUGCUGCGCUUCGGGGGUUUCCCGGGAGAGAGCGAGUUUCGCGCGGAAGCCUCACGACUGACGUGUACGCUGGGAGACUCCGCCCCCUUCCUGCGCAAACAGUACCUGUGCUGCAUGUACGACCCGCCCAUCAAACCCUACGGCCGCCGGAACGAGGUGUGGUUCCUGCAGGACGAGCCCUGAAUCCCCCGCUUACCCAGAAUCCUCCGCGGCGUGUUGACUUCCAGUAGAGUAGAGGACCGCGAGGAAAACCUCUUCUUUUGUGUGAUUCAGACUCAGCUGCUUGAUGUCGUGUUAUUUUAAUAAACACUGGUUUAUA